AUGCCCUCGUCGAGAAGGGGCCUAUACGAGCGAACCGUCGAGCCAGUCUUGGCUACCCUCAAUCGCCGCACCUCGAUCCUCCUCAUUUCCGUCCUUUUCACAUUUACGUUGGUCGCGUGGUACCGGUCAGCCUACGGCUCGUCAGCUCCCCUUUUACACAGCGACUAUGGCGCAUACGGGCGGAAGAGGGGAUUCGACGGGACCUGGGACUACCAGCGGGACGCGGAGAAUCUGAUGUUGGACUCGCAACAAUGCGACCAAGCCUUCCCCGGGCUGUUUGAAGAGGUGGACCGGCCCGUGGACGCACGGAUGCAUACGCCCAUCACUUUCGCGGAGAUUGACUCCAUACCCAAGCAGAAUGGCUACGUGCGGGCCAUGAUCUACAACCAACAAUUAUACAUCAUCGACAAGGCAGGCGGGAUCUACUCGCGCGAGAUCGCCACCCUGCACGCCCUGCAUCGCGCGAUCCUCACGUCGCCCGAACCACUCCCGAACAUCGAGUUCGCACUCAAUACGGACGACCGCAUCCCGUCGGUGCCCCUGUGGGGCUACGCCCGCCGCGCCGAAGACACGCACAUCUGGCUGAUCCCGGACUUUGGAUACUGGUCGUGGCCCGAGACCAAGGUCGGCUCGAUGCGCGAGGUGCAGAUGAAGGCGGCCCUGACCGAGGCUUACGACGGGUGGACGUGGGCCAAGAAGGUGCGCCAGAUCCUGUGGCGCGGCGCGACCAUGGGUCUACCAUUACGCGAAAAAUUCAUCCAAGUCACAGCCGACAAACCCUGGGCCGACGUCAAGGCCCUGGACUGGCACGACAAGGAGUCUAUGACGAACGACCUGAAAUCCAUGGCCCAGCAUUGCCAGUACAAAUACCUCGCCCAUACGGAGGGCAACUCGUACUCGGGCCGUCUGAAGUACCUGCAGGCGUGCCGGUCCGUGGUCGUCGCCCACACGAUGGACUGGAUCCAGCAUCACCACCCGCUCAUGCGCUCUAGUGGGCCCCAGCAGAACUAUCUCGAGGUCGAUCGCAGUUUUGACGAUCUCGAGCAGAAGAUCACCUGGUUGGAGACGCAUGAUAAGGACGCCGAGCGCAUUGCCGCGAACAGCGUUAAGACGUUCCGCGAGCAGUAUCUCACGCCGGCGGCCGAGGUGUGUUAUUGGAGAAAAGUCAUCAAUGGGUGGGCCAAGGUGAGCUUCGAGCCCGAGUUUUUCAAGGUCGUCAAUGGGUCAAGCGUGUGGAGGGGCCUGCCUGUCGAGUCUUACUUGUUGGAAAGGAGAUUGGAGUGGAAUCCUUAUUGA